GCACAAAUCACGUACCUAUUUAUCCAUCGUCUAUGGUUGAGUGCUAACAUAACCACAAACAUUUAAAAUGGUUUUUUAUUUCGAAAGCGAUGUGGUUUCUCCACCAGUCACAUUAUUUAUGGGCAUAGACAAGCAUGAAAAUGAAGAUCUAAUAAAGUGGGGUUGGCCUGAAGAUGUAUGGUUUCAUGUUGACAAGGUGUCAUCAGCACAUGUUUAUUUACGACUUAAAUCUGGUCAAACUAUUGACGAUAUUCCCACAAAUGUCCUAGAAGAUGCCGCACAAUUGGUAAAAGCAAACAGCAUUCAGGGCAAUAAAAUGAAUGAUAUCGAGGUUGUUUAUACUAUGUGGGUUAAUUUGAAGAAGACUGCAGCCAUGGAGAUAGGCCAAAUUGGAUUUCAUAAGGAAAAAGAGGUGCGCAAGAUUAAAGUUGCAAAACGGAUAAAUGAUAUUGUUAACCGAUUGAAUAAGACAAAGAAGGAAUUAUUUCCAGAUUUCCGUGCAGAACGUGAAAAGCGCGAUCGGCUAGAACGUGAAGAUAAAAAGAAACAACUACGGGAACAAAAAGAAAAAGAGAAGAUGGAAGAGAAACGAAAAGCCGAAGACGCUGAUAUGCGCAGUUACAGUACACUUUUUAAAGUAGGCAGUAUGACCCUUAACACCGAUGAUGGUAACGAUUCUGACGAUUUCAUGUAAUUAAUAAAGAAUACAAUAUUAGGUAUUGUAAAA